AUGUUGAAACUGCUGAUAUUAGUCUUCUGGUUGGAUCUUCUUGGGCUGUCCAUUGGUGCCACAGGCCGAAGCUGGGUCUUGCACCUACACUGGGAAAAAGACAAACCCCUGGUGGAGAGUGGACUUGCUGGACACGUACAUAGUCACCUCAGUCACCAUCACAGAAAUGUUGUUCCUGAGAGGCUCAAUGGGGCUGAGAUCCGCAUUGGAAACUCUAUUAAGAAGGAUGGCACUGACAACCCACUAGCUAGCGUCAUUAACUCCAUUCCAGCAGGCCUGGCUCGGACUAUAAAUCUUAAAGGUUUUGAGGGACGCUAUGUGACUGUAGUUCUACCGGGGAAAGGAAGAUUUCUAACACUCUGUGAAGUUGAGGUUUAUGGGUACCUCGCUCCAAAUGGAGAGAAUUUGGCUUUGCAAGGAAAAGCCUCGCAGUCGUCACUCCAUUCAACAGGAUUUGCAUACAAUGCUAUAGACGGAAACCGUGCCAGUGUGUGGGCACAGGGCUCCUGCGUCCACACAGCAUUAGAGUUUAGCCCCUGGUGGAGGCUGGACUUGCGCAAGACCUACAAAAUUUUCACCAUCAAAAUCACGAACCUAAAAGUGGCACCCACUAGACUCAAUGGGGCUGAGAUUCGCAUCGGAGACUCUCGCAACAACAACGACGACAGCAAUUCCAGGUGUGCAGUAAUAUCUUUUAUUCCUGGUGGCUUCACUAAGACUUUCCAUUGUAACGGUUUGGAGGGUCGCUUCAUCAGCGUGGUCAUUCCAGGAAGGAAACAAUAUCUGGUAUUCUGUGAGAUGGAAGUGUAUGGCUCACCCCUCAACUGAUGCAGAAAUGAACAGGUCUCACUAAGUCCGUAAUGCUGAUUCAGUCAAGCAGUUACAUGGUAAACACAGAUGGUUACAUUAUUGUGUUUUUUCUUUCUUUUCUUUCCCAAUACAUACUUCAUAAAACAACUCAUUUGGCAAGUUAAAACAUAUGUUGGUAUGGGAAUGGUGGUUGGUAGACUACUUCAGUUGUGUUAUUCUUUUUUUUUUAUAUGCUCUGCAGUUGCACAUGAUAAUGUAAAGCAGCUUAGCAUUGGAGCUGCAAAUAGCAAUUUAUUGUUUAGAAAUGAAUGAUUAAGCAGAAUAACCAAAGGGAGCCUUACAGUUACAAGCAGAUUAACAUUGUACAUAAACACUGAAGGGAUAUAAAUCAAGUAAUAACCUAUUAAAUACUUUAUUUGUGGUUCUUCGUAAAACAAUAUGGUAAAAUGUAAUUGUAUGAUUUAACAUUUGGAAUA